AUGCUGCUUCGUCCGAUUCAAGAAAGAAGAAGAAGUUUGGUGAUGAUUAGGGGCGGAAAGAGGACUAACAUGCUUUGGAUUUGGCACUCUCAAUGAAAGCACCAAUGAUACCUUCCUUCAAGCCCUAGAGCCGCCGAGAUGGAGGCUCACGCAGGGAGAGGCUGACCUGGUACCAAUGGAAGGGUUCUACUGUUCCCGGGCUGCCUUCCCGCCGGUGUAAAACCCUUUGCCGGCGACGUUCGCCGCUUUCUUCAUCUCUAUCCAUAUCUAAUUUCCCGUCAGAAGCAAUACAACCUACGCUCUUCCACCGUCGUUCAUGUCAAGAGUUUCGAGAAUGAAAUCGCUCCUUCUGAAUGCGACGCUUCCCAAGCCCGCACCUCUCUCCACCCGUUUCCAGCAAUCCAUUGUUCCCCGGAGGAGAAGCUGCUUUCAUCUUUCCAGGCAAUUCCGCAGCCAUAGCUUCUUCGUUCCUACAGUGAACCCCUGGAUUGUGGUUUCUCCGCUAGGGAUUUCUGCUGCUUCGGAAUGGAAGGGGGUUCGGAGCUUCCAAAAUGAGGCUUCGCUCCCAGAAUCCGGGGAGAUUCAUGUGAUUCUGGGGCCAAUGUUUGCUGGCAAAACCACCACUCUUCUGCAAAGAAUCAAAGCCGAGAGUGUUAGUGGCAGAAACGUAGCAAUAAUAAAGUCAGAGAAGGAUAAUAGAUACGGAUUGGACUGUAUUGUGACGCAUGAUGGAGAAAGAAUGCCAUGCUGGCCUUUGUCAAAUCUGUCGUCAUUCAAACAGACAAUUGGUUCUGGAGCAUAUGAUAAGUUGGAGGUGAUUGGCAUUGAUGAGGCACAAUUCUUUAAAGAUCUAUACCAGUUUUGCAGUGAAGCUGCGGAUCAUGAUGGAAAAACUGUAAUUGUUUCUGGUUUGGAUGGCGACUACCUAAGAAGGAGCUUCGGUUCGGUGCUUGAUAUAAUCCCUAUUGCGGAUACUGUAACCAAAUUAACCGCUCAAUGCGAAGUUUGUGGGGAUCGUGCACACUUUACGCUUAGAAAGACUGAGGAGACCAAGACAGAACUGAUAGCCGGGGCGGAUGUCUAUAUGCCUGUGUGUCGUAAGCACUUUGUGAGUGGCCAAGUGCUGAAAGAAGCCACUAGAGAUAUCAUUGAAGCUCAGGUGUGUGUCCAUGGCUGACCCAUGUAGGCGACAUCUAGUUUAGGGUAUAAUCGUGAACUCAUUUCUAUGAAACUUUUAGGCUUGGCCAUGUUAGUUAUGUGAUUGCCUAACUUCCAUGUAGAGGUAAGGUCUGCUUACACACACCCUCCCUACUUCUGUGGGAUUCUACUGGAUCUGUUUGUUGUAGAUUUUAUAAUGCAAUACACGCGUUUGAUCUUUCAUGUGUUUAGAAAAAAAAUGGCAUUGAAAGCAUUUUCAAACGAGUUGAGCUUCGCUGCUUGUCUUAGUUGUAUUCGCCUGAUAUUAUUGUCUAACAAGCAGCUAUGUUGGGGGUAGAUAAAUGCUUGUUGGAUUC